AUGAUUUCUGCUAUCCCAGUCCUAGCCUUCGUUGCCUCUGCUCUCGGAAAUCCCCUUCCCGCUCCCAGCCUCGGAGUUCGUGACAGUUGCACAAUCAGUUCUCUUGCUACUGUUUCAGCCGCGGAGUCAUGUAGCACGAUCACGAUUGAUGCAUUCACCGUCCCCGCUGGAGAAAAGUUAGUGAUCAAUGCAGCAGACAAGGCAACCAUCAAUAUGAAUGGCGACAUAACAUUCGAAGCUGACACAACAUUCAAAACCUCUGGACCGCUAUUCACCUUAUCUGGCAACAGCAUUACUUUCAAUGGUAACGGAUUCACCAUCGAUGGUCAAGGUGCGAAGUACUGGGAUGGAGAUGGAACUUCUAGCUCAGCAAAACAAACCAAGCCCCACCCUAUGAUCAAGCUUAGCUGUAGUGGAACAGUUGAGAAUGUCAAGGUUCUCAAUUCUCCUGCUCAGGUUUUCAGCAUGGGCAACGAUGCCGCCCUUGUUGUGUCCAAUAUAAACAUAGACAACUCUGCAGGAAACGCUGCCAACAGCUUGAGUGGAGGCAAGCCUGCCGCCCACAAUACCGAUGGGUUCGAUGUCUCUACGGAUAACGUGACCAUACAGGGCAGCACUAUUAUUAACCAGGAUGAUUGCUUGGCUAUCAACCAGGGCUCAAACAUUAUUUUCCAGAAUAACCAGUGCACCGGUGGCCAUGGUAUCUCGAUCGGAUCCGUCGCGAGUGGAUCAACUGUGUCGAACGUUCACAUCACAGGAAACACAAUCACCGACAACGUUCAGGCACUCCGUAUCAAGACAGAUGCAAGUGCUACAAGCGGCUCCGUCAGCGGAGUUACCUAUAGUGGCAACACUGCAAAAGGGUGCACCGACUAUGGGGUUAUCAUCGACCAGAGUUACCCUGCAACCCUUGGUACAGCUGGGGCUGGUGUGAAGAUUUCGGACAUUACCUUCACCGGUACGAAUACCAUCGCUGUUGCAUCUUCGGCCAAAGGAGAGGUUGAAGUCAACUGCGCCUCGGGUGGCUGCACUGGUACCUGGGACUGGAGCGGGCUCAAGGUAUCUGGCGGACCUUCGGGUUCUAUAGUGAAUGCUCAGGUCUCGGACUUCACUUUGUGA